AUGGUUAUCGUGCUCUUGAAUGAAUUGUCAGCGGCGUUCCACCAAGCCGAGGGCCAUUUAACGCCGGAAGAUGCAGUCAAACGGUACCUGAGUUUACAUCCCGAAAGCAGUUUAGCGAGCAUUUUGUCGGAGCAGCAGCAGCGAUUGAAAUUAAGAAUGGUAGCAGAUGACAUCCUAUCCAGCUUUUUGGAACCAGGAGCGUACGCAUGCUCGGUGCUGAGGGAAUUCCUUCGCGAGAUUCUAGCCGGUGUAGUAUUAGAGUCGGCAAUCUCCAAUCUUUCUCGAUCGGAGACGAUCAAUGGCUGGAUCAUUCAUCUUCUAAAAGAAGGUGAAUCGGAGUUAUUGAACGCCAUUGAUGCKGGGGUCGAGGGGGCCAAGGAACAAGUGGUCGCGGUCGAAGGCGCUCACGACGAGAACAAGUCUACAACAGUUCCGUUUAGCAAGUCAGAUACUGAGGAGAAACCUGCCCUACAAUCUGAUAGUUAUGGAAUUCUUCCUACGACCAAGGUUGUUGAGGUUCCGAUCUGUCAACCAGAAAGCGCUACGGUUCAGACACAGGACUUGCAGAUUCGGACCGCUUGUCUCUCUUCCCCUGAAGCUGUGCAGUCCUCAAAUUCCCAGUCAACUAUGUUGCCGCGCCAGUCGCUUGUCGGGUCUCAAGACAAAGAGGCAACAAUUCAUACACUGAAGGCCAAAGACGCCGCACAGAUUCGAAAUGAUUGUGAUCUGACAGAGAUAGUGUCCACGGAACAUUAUCCUCCAGUCCAACCUCCAGACCCAUGCAUGUCACCGCCAGUCUCGCAUUUAUCGGAUUCUCCAUCUAAGAUUUCACCUGUCACGGCUCUUCAUUACGCUUCCGUUUCAAUAGAKGAGCUUUCUGAAGCUAGUGAGACAGCAUCAAUUCGGUCAAAGCCUACAUCGAGUUAUCUGAUCCAAAUCGAGCCAGCAGCCACACGUCGCACUGGGUGGAUGAUUUUCAGAAAUUAUGCAGAUUUUGAAUCAUUACACGGCACCCUUGGAACGAUAGCGAGGCUUAAUAAAAUACAGGAUUUCACGGAAGGCCACCCUGUCUUGCCACCCUGGAAGGGGCAGACAAAGGGGGCCCUAGUGCGUAAUCUGGAGAGAUACCUUAAGGAUGCCCUUCGGUAUGAAGCGCUUGCAGAUUGCGAGAGAAUGAAACGGUUUUUGGAGAAGGAUGAGCGCCUCGAUGCUGGUGCCAGCGAUGCCUCGGCUAAAUCUGGGUUUCCGUUUCCCACCUCGGUGGCGCUCGAAAACAUGGGCAAAGGUAUGCUAGGCGUUCUGACUAACGCACCAAAGGGCGUUACUGAAGGUGGUAAAGCCGUCAUUGGUGGUGUCACCGGGGUGUUUGGAGGAACAAACGGCAAAAAAACAUCAUUAAGCUCCAAAGGAGAUCAAGGGAACCAUGGCCGUUCUCUAUCAACUCGGUCCAUCUCACAAAUGAACUACGAGAGUAUAGUCUCUGACAGUGUAAUCGCGCCGAAGAGACCUGUUAGCGAGAACCAUAAGACAGAGUGUUAUCCUUUAGCUGUUGUCCCUACCCCCGAGACUUCAAGUUCCCAAGAAGUCCCUCUCAGCCCUGGAAGCGGAGAAGUUGUUAACUCUACUAUACCAAGGUCCCGAGAUCUUGCACCUUGCGAUUCAAGACUCGAGAGUCAUCAUCUUCAGGAGCCGUUGUCUGACUCUGACGGUGGAGAUAACAUUGGUUCCCGCAUAAGACCGAAAGAAGAGCAGAAAGCGUCAGUUGGUCAAACUACUAUGCGGCGUCAAGAAAGCCCUAUCUCCCAGGAGGAGACACAAAUAGCUGUGGAGCUCUUGUUUGCGGUUAUCAAUGAACUAUACUCAUUGUCAUCUGCAUGGAACAUCAGGAGAACACUUCUCAACGCGGCGAAGUCAUAUAUUUUACGCCCUGGAAGCCCAAGUCUAGAGACGAUUCGCUCUCUCUUGCAGGAGUCCAUGAUUGAUGCUAAUACCUCGGAUGCAUCAAUCGCAUUCUAUCUGACCAAGCUCCGCGAGAAUGUCCUGCCGACGAAGGAGGAACUAGAGUCUUGGCCUCAGUCGCCCAGUAGCGCGGAAAAGGAGCGUAUGAGGGAAACUGCAAGAAGAACACUCGUCCUUAAGGGGCUGCCGCAGGCGCUUACAAGUGUCAUGGGGUCCGCUGCUAGUCGUGAAUCACUCGAGAGGGUCUUUGAUUGCCUACAGGUCGAAAUGAUUGCGCGCGGUUUUGUAUACUCUAUUCUUUUGCAAGCUUUGAGAGCUCUGACUUUCUGA